GUGCGAUAGGAAACAAUGUCAAUAUGUUGUUGUUUUCCGUCGAAACAUUCGUUAGAUGAUGUACUAGAUGACAAUUAGACGCGCCUUUCGGUGUGGACAUCAGUUAAAAUCUUCCUGUUUUCAUGGUCGACAUUCUAUAAGGUCCAUGGGGACGUUUGUUCCGAAUUUGAGCCCGGUAACCGGAAAGAUGGAGUGGGUGUUACAAGACGAACACUAUGAUUAUCACCAGGAAAUCGCACGGUCAGCAUAUGCAGAUAUGCUACAUGAUACAGAAAGGAAUCAGAAAUAUUAUCUAGGUCUAAAGAGAGCCAUACAUCUGAUGCAUCAGUCAGGACAAGCUGCUCAUGUGCUGGAUAUUGGGACAGGAACAGGCCUUCUGUCCAUGAUGGCUGCAGCAUCAGGGGCAGACACGGUCACAGCUUGUGAGGCAUUUGUGCCCAUGGCUGAAUGUGCUCGAAAACUGAUUCAGCAAAAUGGAUUUGGUGACAAAAUAACACUAAUUCCUAAACGAUCUACAGAAGUGACAGUGGGUAAAGAUAGUGACAUGCCUCGGCGAGCUAACAUCCUGGUGACAGAGGUGUUUGACACAGAGCUCAUUGGGGAGGGAGCCAUUGGCACAUUUCACCACGCCCAUGAGAAACUGCUGGAGAAAGACUGCUUGGUUGUGCCUAGGGCUGCCAAAAUGUAUGUACAACUUGUCCAGUCGGAAAAACUGAGAAAGUGGAACCAACUUCUGCCAAUCAAAAUCAAGGGUCAUGAUGAUGUCAGACCCCCCACAGAGUUUUCCAGGUGCGGAGGAGCUCCCUCUCUUCAUGACUUGCAGUUGGAUCAGGUGUCCUGUGACCAGUUUCAACCUCUCUCCCAGCCAAUUAAAGUCUUCAGGUUUGACUACACUGGUAAAAGUGAAAUCAAAUUUAAGGACCGAUCCAAACUGACAGUUGAAUCUCUUAAUGAUGGGAGAAUAGAUGCAAUCUUUAUGUGGUGGGAUUUGGAGAUGGAUCCAGAAGGGGAGAUAACUCUAAGUUGUGCUCCAAGCUGGGGUCACCCCGACCCAGAAAACAUGCAAUGGCGUGAUCAUUGGAUGCAGGCUAUUUAUUACCCUAAUGUCAGGAGAAGUGUGCAAAAAGGGGAGACAAUUACAUUGGUUUCAAACCAUGAUGACUACAGCCUCUGGUUUGAUGUACAGGACUUUUCAGAGCAAAAGUUGAGUGAAGACAAGAGAGGAGUGUGUAGGUGUGGCGCACACAUGACUUACAGUCGACCACGCAUAGCAAUGCUGAAUGAUGACUACAGGAACACUGUCUAUAUUCACACCAUGAAACAGGUGGUAAACUCCCAGUCUGUAUGUUUAUGUUUGGGUGAUGGGACUCUGCUGCCCUUUAUUGCCAGUAAGCUGGGAGCAAAGAAGGUGUACACACUGCAGUCAAACCCUCUGUGCAGGAGAACUCUUCAGCGUUACCUACAACACAACAGUGAGGGAGAGUGUGUUCAGAUCAUAGACAAACUACCAGGGGAGCUCACUGCUGAGGACUUGGCAGGAAAUAAGAUUGAUGUUGUCCUGGCUGAACCAUUCUUCCUCACCUCUGUCUUACCAUGGCACAACCUCCACCUGGGCUACAUAGUAAGGGAGAUAACUCAGCACCUGUCUCCCUGUGUGAAGGUGUUGCCAGGGAUAGCAGCUUUCAGAAUCAUGGCCGUGCAGUUCAGUGACCUCUGGAAGAUUAGGGCGCCCGUGGGAAUCUGUGAAGGAUUUAACCUGGAGUCCUUUGAUAAGCUUAUAGAGUCAUCCUCAGAUAAAACAGAUGCAUACAUAGAACCACAACCCCUGUGGGAAUACCCGGCUACAUGUCUGAGUCAGCCAAUCACGGUCAUGCAGUUUGACAUGUCCCGCAUUGUGGAGAACACCAAAUCCCAGGUGGUGGAGAAUACAGUGCCAUUUGAUUGUGAUGGAACGUGCAACGGAGUUGCAUUAUGGAUGGACUUCAGCUUUGGAGAAACAGAGAUUUCAACAGGGCCCGUAACUCCUCCUGUCCCUGGAGCCAAGGUGCAGUGGGAUCGUUGUACCAGGCAGGGUGUUCAUCUCUUUAGGCUACCACAGACUGUUUGUCAGGGAGACAUACUAAGCUAUAAAGUCAUGUUUAUUCCAGAGGCGGGAGAAUUUCAGUUUAGUUUCGACAUUCAAAGAAAACGUUCAAAAGUUACAUAAAUCAAAUUGGAUGAAUAAAUUUAAUAACUUUUAUUACUGUCAUUACUAUGAAAUACAUCCUAGGGUUUACAUAAAAUUGAUUUUAUUCCUAAUGUAUUAAAUCGCAUUUCCUACAUACAUGUAUACCAGUACAUGGACCUCAGGGUGGAUGCAUGAUUGAUGGCCGGGUAUAAAAUGUGUCGUUGAAAAUGUUGCAAUGAAUUUUUGAUAUACCUUAUUAUAUGGCAGCAUUUAAUUAUUUAUUUUAGGGCAAAUGGACACUUGUUUUUUUCUGUUGAUAUGAAGUGAGACCUACAUAUAUUAUGAUUACAGUUAAUUGUACAUUGUCAUUUUGUUUAUUAGUUUACCUCAUGCAGGCAAACAGCCCAUUCACAUGGACAGAACAGGGCCCAGUUUCACAAAGCGGCGUACAGUUUUUUAAAAGAGUACAUUUAUCGUAGGAUAUUUUGUGGUAUACGUCACUAUUAUUGCACCAUUGUCCUAUGUGUGUGAUUAUCGUACACCAGACAUAUGGCAUCUUUGUGAAGCUGGGCCCUGAUGGAUAUGUAUGUACCAAAAAACAUCUCUGCAUGUAUGUGUAUUUGCUUCUCAGAUCUUUCUUUGAGCGUAAUUUGUAGCAUUAAAAUUCCAAUCUGGGCUUUUUUAAAAAAUUUUAAGUGUGUUGCUGUUUUCAAAUGUUUUAAUUUUUUAUUCUUAGCUGACUGUCACAAUGAGGUUGCAUGUUCAAACCCACCUCACUGGUAGGGCGAUAUGUUCGCUACAUGAUACAUCUGGUUAAAUGUGUUAUAUUCACUGGGUAUUUCCUCUUUGCGCCCGUCCAUCAGACAUAAACAUAAAAGUGGUUGCAAAUCUGGAAAUGGCAAAAUUAUCUAAACUUUAAACAUUAGUAAAAGUUCCGAAGAAAAAAAUUAGUAAAAAAAUUCAUAAUUUUUGAUUUUCAUCUCUAAUCUAUAAACCUCAUUGUCAUUGUCCGGAUUUCCUCACACCAUAAUGCUGGCUGUCGUCCUGUAAGUGAAAUACCCAAUAAAUAAAUAAAUAAUAAAUAAGUCAGCAUCACUGCAGAAGUGCAAUAUUCUUAUAUACUGAUAGGGCAUUAUCUUCAAUCAAAUACAUGUACAUAAAUAUUUGUCAAAGGUCACACAGCUGUGUAUUUUAACACUAUCUGACAUAUUAAUGGAAUAGAAAAAUCAAACGGACACAUUUUAAUGGUGGUCAAAUGCACCAUCGUGACUGUAGUUGUGACAUUUUCACAUUAUUCAUAGAUCAAUUUUUGUGUCUAUGAAGACUUGUCUAUCUUUCUGUGACUAAUGAAAUAAAUUGCAUUCGACUGAUAAA